CAGCCAGCUUACUACAGUGGCGCGCGCAGAUUGUGUCGUGUGCGAUUCGAACGAAGCGCGAGACAAACCGUUACAUGCUUAUCGCGUGCGAAUUUUUAUAACUUUUUCACGUUAUUGAUUGUCGUUUUGUUUUAUGGUAAAUAUUUAUGUCCUAUCGAAAGUUUUAUGUGCUUUUAGUUUUAUGCUCAUAAAUCGAGAUGGGUGUGGAAGUUUAAUUUUGGCGAAUCGAUGCUUUCGCGUUCUAAACCAACAAUAGCGAGUUUAAUCGAGUAAUUAACUUUGAGCAGGUGUUCGAAUGACUUUUGGCCUCUGAAUUCGGAGCCAAACUGAAAUUACCGUUACGCGCGUAGAACGGAGUUCCGUUCAAGUAAAACGAUGCACCAAAGACCGAAUCGUCUGUAAGGUUAUGAUUUUGGCGGUAAACAAACACCGUUACGGAUCAAAACAAACUCUGUCCGUCUCCCAAGCGGACGCUUUUUAAUGAUAUUUAAUAGUACAGUUUGAACUUUGAACCGCAUCUCGACGAACGUCGUCGUCGUUUCCCGAUGCGUCCAAAGAUCGACGACGUCGUCAUGGAAAAUAAUUCCGAGUCCGAGUCCUCGAGAAGCGGCAGCAGCGGAGCGCUGUCGCGUCCGGCGGGCGUGCGGGAGUCGCGCAAACAGUUCAACCUCGCCGCGGUCAGGAAAGCGCCUGAUUUUGCGGCCGGCGCCGGCGACAACGGCGAGAAUUUGGAUCCUCUUCUCGAUUUGGAAGUGCUGCUGAGACAGACAUGGAACAUCUGCGGCGUCUCGACCUUGUUCAACUUCCAAUGCGAGAACGAGGUGGUGUUGAAGCAGUACGCGAAAAAGUUGCGCGAACAGGUGGCCUGCAUGCUGUCGCAGGAGGACGUCAGUUACGAGGCCAAGGUAUCCGUUUUGGAGCUCGAGAGGCCCAACAGCGACGACCAUCCAAUUAUCAAAAUUAACGUCACAGCCAAAGUCGCGACGAAAGGCGACCGAGAAACGAUGGUUUAUUCGGGCUACCUCAUAUCCUGGGGAAAUGAGAACGUUGAGAAUUCCUUCACAGACAAUGCCACAAAAUUGCCACUGCUUCUCUGUCGUGGAACACCCAACACCAUGAAGGCUGUGCAUGCCACUCUGUCUCGCUUGUUCGAUUGUAUCAUUGUAACUUUACCAGCCAACUCUGAAGAUUUAGCGUGGCUGUUACCCAUUAUAAUAAGUCCAGGAUGCGGUCAAGAUUCUGCCAAAGAUGCGGAUGAAGCUUCAUUGGAGUACAGAAUUCCCAAUUUACCAACCUCUGAAAGCAUCACCAUUAAAUUUCAAAUUAAAAACCUUCAAAAUUUAUUGAAGAGUUUUCUUAGUAAUGAAGAUGAAAUAAAUGCCCAUGAAGUUCAUAAAUUUCAUGAAAUCAUUCAGCAUCAAAUUUUAGAAGUCAGUAGUUUACAACUGGGACUUUGUAUUCUUCACAGAAUUAGUUUACCUUGUGUAACUAUUUCUGGAAGCAAGAUGAAAGUGACAAAUGUUCAAGCCAUGAAUGCAGUUUUGACUUACUUGAAUGAGAAAGCAAUGGAUGCUUUACAUUGUCACGUGGCUCAGCUGAGUAUAUGCAAGUAGUUAUUGGCUUCAUUCAAUGUGAAAUUAAAAAUAAUUCUGUGUAAAAAAUAUUUCAAUUAUAUAUACGACAGGUAAAUAACAUGUAGACCUAGUACAACACGAAUAGCACUGGAAAUUAUUUAAUAAGUGCAAUUACGUUACUGUUUUUGGGAGUUGUUCAUGUUGAAUUUUUAUGUUUAAGAAAUAGGUAUGUCUGUAAAUACAGGGAAAACAGAAAUCUUGUUAAAAUUAAAAAUUAUAAACUAUUUUUUUA